AUGGGACAACUUCUUUCCCAUCCGCUGACUGAAAAGGAGAUAGAAUAUAACGAUUAUAAGAAUAGUAGUCAUGGACAUUCAUCGGGAUCUGGUCAUAAAAACGAUCAAGUCGGUAUACCUCGUUAUUACAAUUGCGUAGGAUCUAUGCAAGGUUACAGAUUGACUCAAGAGGAUGCUCAUUUAGUACUGAACGAAGACAAGUCGCUGGUUGUGACGUUUUAUAAUCCUUUUGAGGGAAAAUCCGAGCUAUUGAAGUUGAGCGUAUUUGCGUUGUUUGAUGGCCACGGCGGUGAUGAAUGCUCCAGUUUCCUUAGCGGUGCUCACCAGAAAAGCUCCAAGAACGGGAUCGCCAAGUGGAUAGCAUACUCCUUUGAGCAUCAUCAGUACGGGGCACUGCUGAGUGAAGCUGUGGACGCAUCUGUCGAGGAUGGCGAUAGCGGUAUCAGUCCGCCAACAGCGAAGCGAGGGUUCCGAACUUUGGUUGGUUUAAUUAGCCAGGUGCUGAAAGAUGCUUUCUUUCUGCAGGAUCAAGAGCUUUACAAACAUUUUUCGAACAGUUCGUGCGGAUCCACAGCGGUGGUCGCGAUAAUAAUCAAUCAGGAGAGCCUUUAUGUGGCCAACUGCGGUGAUUCUCGUUGCAUUCUCUCGUCCAAGGCGCUGGGCAUCAAAACCAUGUCAUUCGAUCAUAAACCUCAACAUAUCGGUGAGCUGUUGCGUAUCAACGACAACGGCGGUACCGUGUCCUUAGGCAGAGUCGGGGGAGUGUUAGCACUGAGCAGGGCGUUCAGUGACUUCCAAUUUAAGAGAGCCGUUUCGUAUACCCGCAAGUCACCGAAAUCACAUCACAGCACAGGUAUACCUCCACAAGAGUCGCAGGUAACCGUGGAGCCUGACGUUCUGAUGCACAAGAUCAAUUAUUCCAAGGACGAGUUCCUGGUGCUGGGUUGUGACGGCAUAUGGGACAUCUACAGCAACAAACAGUUGGUACAAUUUAUCAAGUAUCAUUUGACUCUGGGUGUUAAUUUGGAGGGCAUAGUGACAAAAUUGCUUGACCAUGGAAUUGCACAGGCAAACAGCAAUACUGGCGUUGGGUUCGACAACAUGACUGCAAUCAUUGUAGUUCUGAAUAAGCCAGGUGAGACUUUGAGCGCUUGGUACGCAAAGAUGAAAGUACGGUUAGAACGUGAACGCGGGUUGAGCUAA